AUGGUGCGGACGGAGCAGACGGGCGGCCGCACCUGGACGGCGAUCUCGCACCUGCACCUGCGCCGCCGCCUCGGGCCGCCAGAGGGCGCCGGCGCGCCUCUUAAAGGGGCCGCCGCGCUCUGUUGUCUUCCACCGGGGGGAGGGAAGGGGCGGGGACGGCGUCGCGGGGGAGAACUUGGGUCGAAUGUUCAGAUCAUGGGCUCCAAUGAGAGGGGCUCCGCAGGUAGGAUGGGCCAACCAGCAAGCCAGGUGCCCCAGAGCCAUCCGUCCCAGCGAGGCUACGAUAGAAGCUCGUCGCCCCAGAGAAGCAGCGAACCUCCAAAAAGCAACCCGCCUGCCUCUGGAACUCAUCACCACCGGAUGAGCAUACAGCCCACCUCAUUCCCAAGAGUAAGCGAGGUCACGAGAACCGCCUCACCCCCGAGAGGAAACGACAGUGCCCAAAGACGCUCCUCCGUGAGAGGAAACGAUGUCCGAAGUGCCUCACCCAUGAGAGGGAACGAGGUCAGCCACAGCACCUCAUCCCGAAGAGGAAGUGAGCUCUCUGAAGGUGCUUCUUCCCAGAGGCAAGCCAGCGAUCUUUCCCAGAAUCCCCCUCCUCACAGAAGAAGUGAGGCUGCCCGAAGAGAUUCUUCUCCGCGAGGAGCCAGCCUCCCUCCGGACGCCUCUGUGAGAAGAGGGAGCGACUUUCCACAGGCGUCGUCCCAAAGGCCGCCGGGCAACCUUUCCCGGAACCCGUCUCCACCGAGAGGAAGCGAUGUCCCUUCAAGCGCUUCACCCCGCCGAGAAAGUGACCCCUUCAGGCAAGGGAGUGGACUCUCCCACGGCACUCGAGAAAGUGACGGUCCCCAACGAGGACGGCUAACAGACCAAUACCCCUCAACGCCGGGGAUUCUGGACUACCGGAGUGGAAGAUAUUCCAUCCAGCCAGGGCAGUUUUCGAUGACCACCAGCCGGAUGUUGUUGGCCAUGCAGCAAGGCCUCAAUUCACAGAGGGAGGAAGUGUGCCAGAAAUACCGGACAGGAUCAGAAAUGGCACCGAGACUGGGGAAAUCCCAAAUGGAGAAAAAAAUAAUGUUGUCCUCCUCGCCACAGUGUGAUGCCCCUCAGCCGUCCGCAAAACACUUCACGAGACCCAUCGUCAACCCAAAGGAUGAAUCGACCCAAACGACCCCUCUGAGGAAGGAGUUCUUGCAGGUCCCCAAGAUUUCUGCUCAGCCAGGGACUGAAGCGAUACAGCGCGAUUUACCUCAGCCGACUAAAAAACUCAUCCGCAAGCAUGUCCCUAAUCCAAAAGAUGAGUGUACUCAAACGGAGCCUGUCUAUAGACUGAGCUUGGCAAAAAGCGAACCCCCUCAGGCAGAGGUGCGAACAACUGGCAAGGUACCCCUGCAGUCAGAAGCCAAGGGACCUGCUAAGACUUCCUACCUGCCUGCAACCACCAUCAAGGUUUCUUCUCAGCCAAACACCAAACUGAGCUACAGACCCGUUUUUCACCCAGAGAGCGAGUCCGAAUACAGGUGCCCACUCCACGAGGAGAUGGAAGCGGCCUUUAAGAGUUCCCUUUCUCCAGGAGCCGCGCUACCUCACAGGGGGUCUCUGUCUACUGAUAAUGAGUCGAGGAGGAGUUCCCUCCAGACAGGGCCUCCUCUUAACCAGAGGGGUUCACUUCAGAAAGAGAACUGGUCAGCCUACAAACCUGCUUUUCAUCCAGAAGGUGAAUCCGAGUACAGAUGCCCUCUCCAUCUAGAGAUGGAGGUCACCCACCCGCACACCUUCCCUUCGGGGUCUGAAAUGCCACGCAGACGCUCGCUCCCCAGGGAAACCAAAACUGCUCCUGGGAUUUCGCCUGGGCCGAGGCAGGAAAACUUCGGCAAACCGUGCCCUUACUCCAAGAACACGUCGACUCAAACGGAGCGGUCCUCCUCUAUUUCACCUGGCAUGGAAAGCAAGGCAGUUGUCAGGCGCUCUCUUUGUCCUGAUACAGAUGCGAGCCUCAGGGCCCCACCGCACACGGGGAUGGCCUUGCUUCCUGAUACCCUGCCUCCCAGGUCAUUAGCUAAGUUUGGCCCAGAGUCACCUUGGUGGGCCUUGCUGCAGGCAGACGCUCGUUCUCCAGCUCCAGAAGGGAGGAGCGAAAAGAUCACCGGCCCGUUGGUUCUAGAAUGGAUAAGUGAGCAAAACACCAGCCCGCCAGCCUCAGGGUGGAUGUGGCCAAAGCCCUUCAGCCCACUAGCUCCAGAAUGGAUGCGCAGCGAAUCGAGCAGCCUGCCGCCUCCGGACAUCAUGAGCCACAGGUCCAGCAACCCCCCAAUUCCAGUCAUGAUGAGGCUCGCGUCGACCAGCCCGCCGCAGUCUCCGGAAGAGACGGAAGGAAGGCCGGGUUCUCCUGCAGAGUCGGAGAUGGCCUCGGAUUCUUCAUGGAUCGACCUUCCUGCUGCCUGUAAAGAUUUGCCAAAUUUGGCGGCGCCUCCGGAACAGCCGCCCACAGCAGCAGAGCCAAGGCAGGGGGGCCAGUGGCUGGAAUGCGCCGGCCCCUCCCAUGAAGCGGAAGAACCGUGGCGAAGGAAGUCGGUUCCGAGGUUUAGUGCUUUUUUCGUGGAUGUCUCCGACGAGAUGUACACGAACGUUCUCUGGUGGCUUAAAGGGAGGGGCCGGGGCCGCGGAUUGCCCACUCCGCACUUUGCACAUGCCCCGCCGGGCCAGGCGCGCCGCCCAGGCGGCUCCGUCCCGGGCUGCGGUGCCGGCGGCGGCUCCUCCGCCCCACCUUCCGCUGAUCACAUGAGCGCCCUGCCUGCCCGCCCGCCCGUCCGCCCGCCCGCCCGCAGCCUCGGCCGGCUGUCCUAUUCCGGCGCCGGCCUGGCAGGGGCCGAGCGAGCGGAGGAGCCUCGCCGAGCCGCGGCCGAUGGUAAGGGGCCGGCCGGCCGGGAUGCCCUGGCGCGCUCCGCGGGGGAUGCUUCGGCGGGCGGGCGGGGUCCUUGGGGGGAGACGCUCCGGCUGCGGGGAGCGGCCAGGCCUCGGCCCGGCUUGGCCUGCGGGAGCCGGCGGGGUGGGAGAGGGUCCAGCGCGGCAGCCCCUCCCUCUUUAGGAAGCGGCUCCGUCCCCGGACCGGUUUUGCGCUGCGGACGAAAAAAGGCGCGAUUGCAAUCAAAGAGACCCUGA